ACGUCACUAUCCUUGUAGUCGCGUGCUGUGCGUACGUUCCGUCAGACUCCGUCAGUCUGCAAAUUGUAACAUUCGACGACGAACGCGUCAAUUUAUUAAUUUGUGAAAACAUCGAACGAAACAAGUUUCAGUGAAGAAAAUAAGUGUUCAGAUAGAAAUGGGAGGAGAUCCAGAAACAAAUGAAAACGUAAAAACACAGAACGAACAAACAGCAGAACACAAAGAAAUAGACAACACUAACGUAAAUGAAACUAACAAAGACAAUGAAAAUAGUACAAAAGAAUCAAAUUAUAUACAAAACAUCAAGAUCUCAAACUCAAGUAAUGGUCUAGCUUUGACAGAUAAAGAAAACAAGUUAUCUCUGACUAAAGAAGAAACCUUACUUACCGAUUCAAAAACUGUCGUCAGAUUUUCACCAGCAUGGAAACAGACUCUAGCAGCUUCGGCGGCCAUUUUGAUGACGUUUUCAUCCGGCUUGACAUCUGGGUACUCCGCCAUCUUGCUGCCUCAAUUGAAGGAACCUGACAGUGUCAUACCCUGGGAUGAAAGCACUGCAUCAUGGAUAGCGGCGAUGGCUGCGCUCCCGAUGGCGCCGGGCUGUCUUCUUUCGGGCUGGAUGAUGGAGAAGUUUGGCAGACGUAACUCACAUUAUAUAGUCUGCGCACCCUUGCUAGUCGGCUGGAUUCUCAUUGCCUGCGCCAACAACCUUCUACUGAUGCUCAUAGGGAGAUUCCUGACCGGUCUUUGCGUCGGUCUGCUCGGACCUUUAGGACCGGUCUAUAUUGGAGAAACAUCUGAACCGAAAUUUAGAGGAAUCUUCCUCGCUGCUGUGUCACUAGCAAUUGCAGUGGGGAUCCUAGUAGCGCAUUUGAUAGGAACUUUCAUUUCUUGGCAGUGGACUGCAGUUAUAUGCUGCUUGUUUCCAAUUCUCUCAGUGAUUUUAUUAAGUACGGUGCCCGAGAGUCCGACGUGGCUGAUCUGCAGAGGUGAAGUGGAAAAAGGAAUCAAAUCUUACUACUGGCUGAGAGGUUACAGCGAAGAGGCAAAGGCGGAAUUGCAGGCCGUUAUAGAUAAACGAAAGCAAACUGAUUCAGAGCCAGUACCAACCUGGAGAGAAAAGAUAGUAAACUUGAAGAGUCCGGAGUUAUUAAAACCUUUAGCUAUUAUGAUUAUAUUCUUCAUAACUUGUCAGUUUUCUGGCGUGAAUGCUGUUGCAUUUUAUUCUAUAGAAAUAGUUGAGAAGGCUGUCGGGAAAGGCAUGGACCAUUAUGUCGCCAUGUUGGCCAUUGACGUGCUCCGGACAGUUAUGUCUGUGGUCGCGUGUGUUAUCUGCAAGCAGUAUGGAAGGAGGCCAUUGUGCUUUAUCAGUGGAAUCUGGACUGCGCUAUCAAUGAUCGGACUUGCAUUGUUCCUAUAUUUCACUGAAGGCAAACCUACAGACAUGUCGUGGUUACCAUUAUCAUGUUUAAUGAUAUACAUUUGUGCUAUAUCCAUCGGGCUGGUGCCUUUACCUUGGAUGAUGUGCGGUGAAGUAUUUCCAACAAAAGUCCGAGGAUUAGGUUCAGGAAUCAGUUCAGCCACGACGUUCCUAGCUUUCUUUGUCGUUGUUAAAACUGCACCGGGCAUGAUGUCUAAUUUAGGAGAAGUUUUCACAUUCCUGUUUUACGGUAUUGUAGCGUUUAUCGGAACUGUUAUUUUGUACUUUAUUUUACCAGAAACAAAAGGAAAAAGUUUACAAGAGAUAGAGGAUAAGUUUAGAGGUAUUAAAAGCAACAAAGUUUAAUGAUUAUUAAGUUUAAGUAAAUU